CACACUAUUCACUCUCUUCUAUUCUCUUCUCUCCUCUUCUUCUUCUUCUUCUUCCAUGGACAGAACCAGAACACCAAUACAAACAUGCUUAGAUUCUCAACUGUGGCACGCCUGUGCAGGCCCCAUGGUUCAAAUGCCACCUCUCAACACCAAAGUCUUGUACUUCCCACAAGGCCAUGCUGAACACCAACAAGCCCAUGCCCAUGGUCGAAAACCCCAUUUUGCCCCUGCCAUGAAAACCCCCAUUCCACCCUUCUUCCCUUGCACACUCACCGCCAUCAAAUACAUGGCAGAACCUGAAACCGACGAGGUCUAUGUCAAGAUCACCCUCACCCCUCUCCUCUCAGACCCAGAAGAACACGAUCAUCAUUGUAGUAGUAAUCAUAAUAGUUUCUUGGACAACAAUGGUGAAAAGCCUGCUUCUUUUGCAAAGACUCUAACACAAUCCGAUGCCAACAAUGGCGGCGGUUUCUCUGUGCCUCGUUACUGCGCCGAAACCAUUUUCCCAAGGCUUGAUUACUCCGCAGAGCCUCCGGUUCAGACCAUAAUCGCAAAAGACGUGCAUGGGCAGUGUUGGAAGUUCAGACACAUUUAUAGAGGCACGCCAAGGAGGCACCUUUUGACUACUGGUUGGAGCAACUUCGUUAACCACAAGAAGCUUGUUGCCGGUGACUCCAUUGUUUUCCUCCGAGCCCAAAAUGGUGACCUUUGUGUCGGGAUUAGGAGGGCCAAGAAGGGUGGCAUUGCUGCUGGAACCGCCACAAAUACUAAUAUUACUACGAAUAAUAAUGUUGGUGAAUGUUGUGUUGGUGAGGCUGUGAAUUGUGCUGUGAAUGGAAGGCCAUUUGAGGUGGUGUAUUAUCCAAGAGGAAGCUCACCAGAGUUUUGUGUGAAGGCUUCUUCAGUGAGAGCUUCAAUGCAGAUUCAAUGGUGUUCUGGUAUGAGAUUCAAGAUGCCCUUUGAGACUGAAGACUCUUCCAGAAUCAGUUGGUUCAUGGGGACUAUUUCUUCUGUCCAGCUUUCAGAUCCUCUUCAUUGGCCUCAUUCUCCUUGGCGUCUUCUUCAGGUGGUAUGGGAUGAACCAGAUCUACUCCAAAAUGUGAAGUGUGUGAAUCCUUGGUUAGUUGAACUAGUCUCAAAUGUGCCAAACUUUCAUCUCUCUCCAUUCUCACCACCAAGGAAGAAACAAAGGUUCCUACAAGACCAACCAGAUUUUCAACUCAUCAACCAGAUUCCAAUUCCAUCAUCAUUCUCCACCAUUCAAGACCAUCAAGGCAUACAGGGAGCCAGGCAUGCCCAUCAAUUUGGGCUCGCUCCGCAAGAUUUCCACAUUCUUGAUGGAUUUCCAAGGCUUGAUCAUGCAGCACAACAGCCUCAUAGGCCUAGUUUUGGAAUCUACAACAAGAACAACUCUGCCACCACCAAGAACAAUAACAAUCUUGAGAUAUCUUGCUUGUUGAGUGUGGGAAAUCCUGGCCAGAGUUUCAUUAAGGAGGAGUCUUGUUCCAAUGAAACAAAAGCACCACACAUUUUGUUGUUUGGGAAGCUCAUUCACACUGAUCAGCAGAACCAUUCAUCAAACAGUUCAAAUAGUGUUUAUGAAGGAACUAAUUCAUCACUCAAGACAUCAAUUGAAAACUCUUCUGAUGAUGAUGGAGGGUCUCUCUGGUUCAAAAAUCAGCAUAAGAAUAAUGAUCUUGUUGGAACUGAAAACAUUAACAUAUUGUGUAUGGCCUUAUAACAGAAUCAACAGUGAUAAGUUCUUGAGUAUUUUCUUCCCAUUUUCGGUUGGCCAAUAAGCCUUAGCAGUUUUCAUUUGAUUUCCUUUCUGUUGUAUAGUUUUGAAUUUUUUUUCUUGGUAUGAUUCUAUUAAGGUGCAAGUUAACCAAAAUAUUCUUUAUUUAGUUUUAACUUAAAAAAUAAUAAUUGCUUUGUGCUGCAAAAAAAAUGAAUUAUCAUGAGGAGUAAUAUUUUGGUUAACUUGCACCUAACUUGUUUUAAUUUUCAGCUAGAUUUGUUCAAAGAAAUGAGGAA